CCCGCCGGCCACGAGGCGCGGAGAAGGAGGCAGGUGCGGGCGCAGAACCGCGGACGGACACACCGACCCGCCCGCCGCCGCGAUGGGAGCCUCGUCGCUACCGCUGCUCGUGCUGCUGCUGCUUCUGGGGACCGCGCUGGGUGUGGAGAAAUGUGCACGGAAUGAAUUCCAGUGUGGGACUGGCGAAUGCAUCCCUUACAAAUGGCUUUGUGACAGCCAGGCGGAGUGCCCAGAUGGCUCUGAUGAAUCUCAGGAGGCCUGCCGAUCGGUGACUUGUGGCCCAGGGCAGUUCAGGUGCAGUGGUCGCAUAAAUCGUUGCAUUGAUAUUUCCUGGCGGUGUGAUUCCCAGGAGGAUUGUGAAAAUGGAUCAGAUGAAGAAAAGUGCCCCCCUAAAAGUUGUGCAGCUAGUGAAUUCCAGUGCCAGAAUGGGAACUGUAUUGCUUUGGAUUUUGUCUGCGAUAAAGAUGACGACUGCGGAGACGGAAGCGACGAAGCGCACUGCCCAGCCCCGGCCUGCCACCCGGAAAUGUUCAUGUGCAACAGUUCUGACUGCAUCCCCCGGCUCUGGGCCUGUGACGAGGAUGCUGACUGUAAGGACGGAUCGGACGAGUGGCUAGAGCACUGCGGAGCCCAAGAGGGGGCCAAGAAAACCAACCCUUGCUCUUCUUUGGAGUUUCACUGCGGGAGCGGAGAGUGCAUUCACCAGCGUUGGAAAUGCGACGGCGGCUUCGACUGCCGGGAUAAAUCAGAUGAGGCGGGCUGUGCGCAAGCCACCUGUCGCCCAGACGAAUUUCGUUGUGAUGACGGGACGUGCAUCCACGGGAGCCGGCAAUGCAACAAGGAGAAUGACUGCAAAGACUUGAGUGACGAGCUCGGCUGCGUCAACGUCACAACCUGUGAAGGAAAAAACUCGUUUAAGUGCCGUUCCGGAGAGUGCAUCUCUAUGGACAAGGUCUGUAACGCCCAGAGAGACUGCAGCGACUGGUCGGAUGAGCCCAUCAAGGAAUGCCGAACAAACGAAUGCUUGGUCAACAAUGGUGGUUGUUCUCAUUACUGCAACGAUCUGAAAAUUGGAUAUGAGUGUUGGUGUCCCGAGGGCUUCCGACUGGUGGAUCAAAGGAGAUGCGAAGAUGUUGAUGAAUGCCUCGAACCUGAUACCUGUAACCAGAUCUGUGUAAAUCUGGAGGGAAGCUACAAGUGUGAAUGCAACAAAGGCUUUCAGAUUGACCCUGCCACCAAGAUUUGCAAAGUAGUUGGCACAAUCGCAUACCUUUUCUUCACUAACCGCCACGAAGUCAGAAAGAUGACUCUGGAUCGCCGCGAGUACACCAGCUUGAUACCCCGCCUCAAAAACGCUGUGGCUUUGGACAUGGAAAUUGCUAAAAAUGUAGUCUACUGGUCUGACCUCUCUCAGAAGAAAAUAUAUAGCACCCCCAUUGACAAGGCUGGCAACCAUUCCCAUCACUCCACAGUGAUCGGCAGCGGCAUUCAAGAUCCAGAUGGCAUUGCUGUGGACUGGGUGCACGGCCUCCUUUACUGGACCGAUUCGAGCAUGGGCACCGUGUCUGUUGCCAGCACGGAAGGCCUGAAGAGGAAGACCCUGAUCACAGAAAACGGAGCCAAGCCACGAUCCAUUGUGGUCGAUCCUGUGCAUGGAUUCAUGUACUGGACUGAUUGGGGAUUAUCCGCUAAAAUUGCCAAAAGUGGUCUGAACGGAGUUGACAGUUUUGCCCUAGUGAAAGAAGGCAUUCAGUGGCCAAAUGGAAUAACCUUGGAUCUGGCCAACCAGCGCCUCUACUGGGUGGAUUCCAAGCUCCAUUCUCUCUCCAGUAUUGAUGUGAAUGGGAAAAACAGGAAGACUAUCCUUGUGAAUGAGGAGAAGCUGGCUCACCCCUUCGCCAUCACAGUCUUUGAGGAUAAAGUAUUCUGGACAGAUGUAUUAAACGAAGCCAUUUUCAGCGCCAACCGCAUCACUGGCUCAGAUAUAGUCAAAGUGGCCGAAGAUCUGUUUUCGCCAGAUGCUAUGACUCUGUAUCAUAGUGUGCGACAGCCAAAAGGUGUCAACCAGUGUGAGAAGAACGGCAUUUCAAAUGGAGGCUGCCAGUACUUGUGUCUUCCUGCCCCACAAAUCACUGUUCACUCUGCCAAGUACACCUGCACCUGUCCUGAUGGCAUGCACCUGGCCAACGAUAUGAGAAGCUGCACUACAGAUAACCUUGUUGCCAGCAGCCCAGCUUCUGUCAGCACCACAAGGACCCCAGCUGUUAUACAACAUGAGUCUCCUGCCCCCACCGUGCUGAGCAAACGCACCACAGACCGUUCCGGAUAUACCACGCCAGCGCUGGCCACCCAGGCCCAGCAAGCUCGGAACGGCCUUGCUGCAGAAACCAAUGAUGAAAAACAAGGUAGCCGAACAGCGCUCUCGAUUGUCCUGCCCCUGAUGCUGAUCAGUUUGAUCUCGUUCGGAGUCUUUCUGGUUUGGAAAAACUGGCGCCUCAAGAAUACCAACAGCAUCAAUUUUGACAAUCCGGUCUAUCAGAAAACGACUGAAGACGAGGUUCACAUUUGCCGGAGUCAGGAAGGAUAUACAUACCCGUCGAGACAAAUGGUGAGCCUGGAGGACGACGCAGCGUGAACCUUCAGCGCCGGAAGUGCCUUUGCUGCUCCUUGCUGGGAGAGACCGUUCGGCUGCCCUGGCCAGCACCACUUCCAAAGGGACUGGGUAGACCUCGCUCUCCCUUUUAAAGAAAAGACAGACAGCGCACUGGCCCCGAGUGGCCUUUGCAAGCUCGAGCCAACUGCACUUCGGGGCCUUGUCGGACCUUUAUAUUUCUGCAUAUUUAUUAUAGCCCACGCGGCUGCCCAGAUGCUGACGUGCCUACUGUGUCUGAGACUUUUUAACCGGAGCAGGGUGACAUUUUCCUAUGUCGGAAGGGAAGACGGCGAAAUUGGAUUCGAGUCUCAGGAGUCCGUAUUGGGCCGACCUUGUGUCCUGCGGCAGCCCUUCAAAAGGACCAGCGGGCAGCGAUGAAGCAAACUGGGAAAGGGACCCUCUGCAGAGGCUUCUGAGCCACGCUUGCGUCCGGCCCAGACCAAGACUGAGGAGAAGCCUUUGAAGUGACCUCGCAGCGUGUGCCGUCCCACUUGAAAGAGGGGCUUUGUUCACUGUGGCCAAAGAAAAUAUAACUCCGGGGUCUUCUCCUGCUCAGAUCCAGGUUGCAACUUUUUGCUUGACCCACGGCUCCCGGUCCUUUGUUUUUCCUGUUAGCCUACCUGGCGUUUUGUUUUCCUGUGUUUGAGCCUUCCUCGUGACAUCCGUCUCCUAUAAACAUGCCUUUGCACUUGAUUCCUUUGUCUCUUGUCACAGUUGCCAAGAGAGAAAUCCAAACCACUGAUGUGGAAGGAAAGGGGGGGUUUUUUGUUUGUGUUUUGCGCUGCUUGUGCAUUUGGUGCUGAUGAACUGUGUCAGUCAGAUUGUGCUGGUCAAGAAAACCCGGACCUCAAAAGCCAUCUUCCUGCUUUCUUCGUUGACUGCAGGGUUCCAGUUGCCUUAACCUGUGGUCCUUAUGCCAGGGAUCCUGUGUUCCACUUUGGCUUGCUUUUUUAUGCUGUUACCCUUCCCCGCCCCCCAACUCUGGCUCUGCGUCUUUGUCGCAAAGAAAAUGUCUCGAGCGCGGCAGCAUCCGAGCUUUGAUUCUGUCCUCUCAAGAGAUGCACUGGUGUUCUGCUGUCAAGAGGCAGAUCUUUACCUUCACAAAGCCGCAGAGCCAGACAGCACAGGUGGUCUUACCUGCUGCGGCUCAAGCCUCUUGUCUUUGCAGGGAUGAAGGGAUACGAAAUCCCGUCGCUCAGUCUGUAAUUCGAAGCCUUCGUCAAUUAACAGGACCUCAAGUAUCAAGUGCUUCUUCAUGGCCGAGCACAUCUGAUUUCCUUUCACUGGAGGGGAAAAAGCACUACGUCCUAAGGAAAAGAACUCAACUCUUUUGGCCUGAAGCUGGGAAAAAGUCCAAACUUUUUGUUUUCUCUGAAACGGUGUAAAUUAAUACAUGUACAGCGUUGAGAUUAUAUAUGCCUAUAUAGCUAUACAUAUUUCCUCUUGCGUGAAAUCUGCCUUCUGCUGUGUAUUUGUACAUAUGUUGAUAAAAUACAUGAAUUAUUUAUUUCUAAGUUUAUGUUCUUAUGGUUUUCAAUUUGGCUUUCUGGUUUAUCCCCCGCCGCCCCGCCUCUUUUUUUGUGAACCUGGCAACAGAGCGUGCUUGUGAGAAGGAGGGGUGCAUCUGAAAGUUGUGUCAGCUGCGAUUGGUGUAAACCUGACGGCUGAGACAUUUCUAGAAAUGUAUUUUAGGUAUGGUAUAAAUCUGUCUUUUACACUUCUGUAUCUGGCACCCUAUUAGAAUAAUCACAUGUGAUGCAUUGGUUAGUCAUUGCAGGCUUUAUUGCUCUUUUUACUGCUGCUCUUAGUAGCAUGAAGCUGGCAACCUAAAGUUUGGAGAAUGCCUGUCUCUGUCUUUAGCGGUAUUUGCGUGGGUGUGCUAACAUGGGGCAGGGAGAUCGUACUUCUGUCUUCUUUGGCACAUCGUAUUGGUCUGUUCAUAGCAUCUUUCUGCCCUUUCAGCAGGGCAGGAGAGGGAUCGAAAUAGGCUAAUUCUCCUGUCACUCUUGCAUUUGAUUUCUUCAGCUCAUGUUUAUAUCUUAUCUGCUGCUGUAAAAGCACAAGCUGGCUUUGCGACCCUAUAGAACCCAAUAUUUCUUUUUAAAGGAAUAGCUUCAUUACUGUGGAAUGCCAUGUUUUGGUCUCCCCUAUUCUCUUGUGUCUGUUAGUAGUUCCUGUACCAGUUUAGGGACUCCACAAUAAGUGAGUGGCUUUUUUUCUGAAAAGGAAGGGGAAGAGGAAGGCAAGGCCUCUGCAAGUGCUCGUGGCGCCCUUGAUCUUGUGCUGUACACUGCAUCUUCCUUUGGCUUCGUUUAGGGCGCUAUGUCCAACUCUGGUGCUUCAGAUGUUCAUGGACUACAAUUCCCAUCAGCCCCUGCUGACCAUGCCAGCACAGGCUGAUGGGGAUUGUAGUCCAUGAACAUCUGAAGGGCCAGAGUUGGACACCCUGUGGUUUAGGGUCAUUGUCUCACUCAUUCUUUUUAGUUAGGCUUCUUGUUAGUUAGGCUUCUUUUGUGCCCCUGGGACAAUGACUAGGUUUGUCAACACUGGAGUUCCAAAACAAGCGUAAUGAAGCAGUUUGUGUGCUGUGGGUCUGGCCCUGCUGUGUCUAUAUUACAAAGCCUUCAGCGGGGAAACCCUUUUUAACCCAAGAAUUGGUGGUAAAAUGACAGCUAUUUGAAAGAAAAGUUUGGGUUCUGAAGGAAGGUGCAGUUGCUGGUACUGAGCCAGCGAGCUUUUAGAUGUGCUGAACAGGGUUUGCAGUAGCCUCAUGGAGAUAUAAGACAUUUUUUAAAAAAAUACUUUAAUGCCAUGUUGAAAAUCUCAGGGGUCGUCCCCCAAAUGGAGGUUAAUAAAUUUUGAAACACACUAAAA